CACCGCCCUCCUCACGCCACGUUUGCGAGCCUGACGACUCCUCAGCUUGGGGAACCCAGCAGUCGACUGACACCGGACGAACGGUUCAAAAUAGAGCAAUCGGUGUCAUAUAAACCCUCACAGCAUUCUCUUACGAUUAUUCCAACGAUUUUGAAUUCAAAUUUGCACGAAUGACGACCCCCGUGAAAGUGGCAGUGGUAGGCAGCGGUCUUGCAGGUCUCACCGCCGCAUAUCUGCUGUCGAAAGAGCUCAAAGGUCAUGCAGCACGGUACGAGGUCCACAUUUUCGAAAAGGCUUCCAGUCUGGGUAUGGAUGCUCAUUCAGUAUCUCUGUCCCCCGAAGGCGUGGGGGAGGAAUGGCGUGUAGACGUACCCAUGCGUUCGUUCCAAGGAGGGUACUAUCCGCGUCUAAUGACCUUGUACAAGAAUUUGGGAGUCACUUUCAGGAAGUCGGAUUUCUCGUACUCCUUCUCAGUGGCAGCCCCAACAAUAUCAGGGUGCUAUACGAUCGUCUCAAGCAUGAUAUACAAUGGCGCCUCUGGUCUCCGCGGCGUCAGUAUGCCCUCUGCAAUGAAGGCCCAAUACCAGGAGACGAAGGAAAUGCUACCGCGUCUACUGAUGCAACUCUUCACGUUUACUCUCUUCGCGUUGAGCACGUUGCAGCUUCUCUAUAAUUAUGUGCGACUUGUAUUAUUAUCGGCCCCAGUGCUCAGGAGCCGUCAAACACCUCACAUGACGUUCCACGAAUGGGCCCAAUAUAGCGCCCCCAGCGGUUCUCUGGCAAGGCUCAUUGGGAUGGACGCCGCAUGGCUAGAGUUCCUGGGCUCCGUGGUCACGCCCCUUUUCUCGGCCGUUUGUACCGCGUCUGAGCACGAUAUCAUGCAACAUCCCGUCGAGGAAUUUCUGGAUUAUAUCUGGCUGACCCUCUUCACGCACCAUUACGUGGUAAACAACGGAGUGCGUGAUGUUGUCAAGCGGUUAUCCGCACCCCUUGAAAACGUCCACGUUUCCUCGACGAUAACCGGCAUUCGGCCUGACUCUAGCGAUCCAAGUCUUGUAACAUUGGAAUGGGCUGAUGCGCAAGGGUCCAAGCAUACAUACGACGGAUUCUCGCAUAUAAUCUUCGCGACGCAGGCAAACCACGCAUCCGAGCUGCUGUCCGGCUAUCUCUCGAAUCUCCCGCGCAAUUCGACCCAUUCAGAAUUCGUGCGGCAGCAGGUUCAAUGUCUCAAGACUUUCACUUACAAGCCAACGAUUGUCAUCAAUCACACCGACGACUCCUUGCUCCCGGAGAAUCCGAGUGAUAGACGCGACCUAAACUUGAUCCGUAUGUCAGACGACGCGAGUCGCUCGAAACCGCUGUCUCCUUCCAGUGAACCAGGAAGCCUAUGCGUUUCUCCAUCCUACACCAUGGCUACGCAUCGUUUGCGGAAGCCCAGUAAUGCGGACUCGCGGGCGUCGGCCGUGUUCCAGACGACCAACCCAAUAGUCUCGCCCCGAGAGGAGAGUGUCUUGUCUAUAGCGAAGAUGGAGCGGGCCAUCCUAACACUGGACGCAAAAAAGGCGCUGCAAGAUUUGUACAUAGCGGACCAGCAUCCGCAGGUACCCGGAGGACAAACAUCGCUCGGUUCUGGCAGACUUGGGCGCUUGCAAGGCACGCCUCGUCACGGUGAGCGAGAGGUUCCUGGUAUCUGGCUAUGCGGGUCCUACGCCUACCAAGGUAUCCCAUUGCUGGAGGGUUGCGUAGUUAGCGCAGCAAAUGUGGUCGAACAAGGAAUUCUCAUGCGGGACUCCACAUCGUCAUCGAUAUAGAUUGUAUAUCGUCCUUCUUGUAUAAUGACAUUGCUAGGCACAUGGUAUAAUACAGGCCAUCGACAUGGGUCCAGGCAGAACUGUACCACUCUUACGCGUACGCCCUGCUCUCCUCAUGCAACGUAUGCAAGAUCAUCCCUAGAGCUAUCAGACCGAAACUCUGCGCACCGAAGCCGUCAGGGUCUCGGCGUACUGCUUCUUCAGCUAUGAUCCAGGCGGCAUAGGCACGCCUGAGCGUUUCCUCCCUCCGCUCAAACUCUUCAUCCUCAUCAUCGUCUGAAUCGUCAUAGAAAUCACCUUCAUCGGCGUCGUUCUCCCUUGCUGCUUGACGGUCUAGAUCUCCCCUGAGCUCCCUUCGAAUCACUUUCACAAGUUCGUGAGUCUGGAAAUUCAUGACAGCUACAGCGUCCCUGCGCUUUUGAUGAUCGUUCCAGGUAGCUUGAAUAG